CAAUGUGUUAAACAAUUUACGAGUUUUGAUUUAUGAAUUGCGUUUGUAUUGUUUCAGGAUGCGCUGGUGUAAUAGUUGGACACCCUUUGGACACUGUGAAGGUCCACCUGCAGACGCAGGAUGGCCGUAGUCCGCAGUAUAAGGGCAGCAUGGACUGCAUCCGGCAGAUCGUGCGAAAGGAAGGUCUUCGAGGUCUCUACAGAGGGAUGUCGUCGCCGUUGGCCGGUGUCGCGGGCAUCAACGCGGUCAUCUUCGGCAUCUACGGAAACACGCAACGAAGUUUCGCCGAUCCCGACGCUCUGACCGCCCAUUUCCUCGCCGGCGCCGCUGCCGGUCUCUUCCAGAGCGUCCUCGCCAGUCCGAUGGAGUUGGCCAAGCUGAAGGUGCAGAUGUCGCACGAUCAGCUCGGCCCUCUGGACUGCAUGCAGAAGAUCUACCGGACGGAAGGAUUCCGCGGCGUCUUCAGAGGUUUGGGGAUAACCGUCGCCAGAGAGGUUCCGGCCUUCGGCUCGUACUUCCUCACCUACGAGUACCUUUCGCGGACGCGAGACGGUGCUCCGGUCAGCACGUCGAGGAUGCUCUUCUGCGGCGGUCUGGCUGGAGUCGUCUCCUGGACGCUCACGUAUCCGGUGGACGUGCUCAAAUCACGGCUGCAGUACGACCCCAAGUACACCGGAGCCGUCGAUUGCCUACGCAGAAGUUUGGCGGCGGAAGGACCGCAUUUCCUCUUCAGAGGUUUAACUCCGGCGCUGGUACGCGCGUUCCCCGUGAACGCGGCCGUCUUCACCGUCGUCACCUGGACGAUGCGUCUCUUGGAUCGCGACUUCCGCUUCGACAACUUCUUCGUCAUGCCGGAAGCUGCGGUUGCCUAAGGCGAGAGAGAGAAGCGAGAAAUAAAAACACGUUUCCAUUAAGACUCAUUAAGAAUCACCUCGUUAUGCAGAUGAUGGUGUCGGUGUAAAAAGAAGGGUGAGGAGAAGAAAGAGAUUGCAUCACCCAUCACAUCAUCAUCAUCAUCGUCGCUUAUUUAUUCCAUGCGAAACGUAAUUUUUCAAACCCCAUUUGAGCCUCGAAGACGGCGCCUCCAUAAAUCCGGAGAAGAAGUAAAACAAAAUGCAAAGAAAAUAUGGUAAUGUGAACGUCUUCAGGUGACGUCGCACACAACUUGAAAGACUUGAAUAUGCAUAUUCUCCUGAUAUAUAUCUCUAGUAUUAACUCAUCUUAUAUGUAUGUACUGCAUCUAUUUUUACACCACUAACACUUUUUCCACACCGUUUCUUUUACUUUACAUUCUUUUACUUUAUUAACAUUUUAUUAUUAUCGUUUUACUCAUGUAUGUAAUCUACUAGUUGUAUAAAUAUAC